GGACAGUCUGUUUGCUGUAACUGGUGGUAUGGAGGAGGUGCAGGCCCAACCAACGUGACGGAAUCGCAUGUUGCAGCCGCUUUCAAGGUUGUCCUUCACUUCCACCGGUGCCCAACAAGGUAGUGGUCGCACUGAUGCACCUCAUUCGCUACACACCCUCAAUUCACAUUUCGAGGACGUUGUAUUAGACGGCACACCGGCGUUCGCUGACGUCCCUGAAGUCGUUGUGCCCUUGGUUGGCGAAGAUGAUGAUGUACAUACGGAUGUUGCAUGUUUGCGAAGAUUCAUGCUUUUCAGGGACUCACAGACAUUGGGAGGCAGUUCAUCGGCAUUUGUGCAGCAUCCGGAGAGUGAUCCAUCUACAGAGAUCCGAGCGCGCAUUACAUCCAGAUGGAAGAGGAAGAAUACGAACAAGGUUGCUGCAUACGACUCCUCUGAUCGAGAGGCUUUGUUGUCAGACGACGAGGUGGUCAGCCCGGAUAUGGAAAUGUGGACUACACCUCCUACGCAAUAUGCGCUCACUGGCAAUGUGCAGCCGUUGCAGGUGGGAUGUCGGUAUGUGUCCAUGGACACCUUGCGUGAAACAGUUCAGUUCGUCGUCGUUGCGAAGGGUUUUCACUACAAGCGGAAAAGAUCGCACCGCACCCGGUUUCACGUCAUCUGCGUUAAUUCUCACUGCCCGUGGGAGCUGGAGGGUAGAGCAGCACAUGUCAAUACCCCGACUGAGAUUGUUCGUCUCACUCCGCAUCGCCCCGGUUGCAGAGCGUCGGUGGAGGAAUCAGCAGGCAAUAAACACGCAAAAGUGAAGUGGGUGGAGUUGAUGGUGCUGAAGAAAUUACGAGAGAAGAUUGAGACUACCGCCAUUGAUUUAAGGAAAUGGUUUGCAGAAACGAUAAAAACCCCUGUCAGCUACAGCAAGUGUGUCAGAGCAAGGGCGAGAGUGGUAGAGACAUUGAAAGGCGCUCCGGACGCCGGGUAUAUUCAUUUACACACGUACUGUAGGGUCGUGCGUGAGACCAACCCCGGGUCCAUCAUCGAACUCGAUUGUAAUGGCAACGUCUUUGUCCGCAUUUUCUGCGCGUUCGCUGCUUCGGUGACUGGAUUUGCACACUGCAUGUUGUUGCUUGUGCUGGACGGAGCCCAUAUUAGGAGGAAGUACGAAUGCUGCCUUUUCGGUGCAACUGCACGAGACGCGAACGACCAGUGUUUCCCCGUUGCAUAUGCAGUUAUUGACGCAGAGAGCAAGAAAAACUGGAAAUGGUUUUUGGUUCUUCUUAAGCGCGUGUGUGAUGCCGCUCACGUGCCUCACGACAAAAUCACGAUAAUGUCCGACCAGGACAAAGGACUCAUUCCUGCGGUGAGCAAAGAAUUCGGUGAUGACCGUUUGAGGGUCAACAAAGAGCAAGCGAAGAUGCUCCUUGAAGCAGCGCGAGCCACCAGCGAGCCCGUGUUUGACUACUACAUGCAGCGGGUUGCAGAUUUUUCGAAAGACAAGCACAUAGUGGAGAAGAUCUUUGCGAAAGCGGACAAGAGACACUGGGGAGGGCCUCAUAUCCGUUCUCCAAGAUAUGGGAAGGUGACGUCGCAAGUUGCCGAGUCAAUGAACAACAAAUUCUUGAAGGCUCGGGGGAUGCCGCCGAUUCCACUUCUCGAGGAGUACCGAGGUCCAUCAGGCAGAGGGCGCCCUCCUAAACUGAGAAUGCAGUAUCGUGUGAGCUUCAGACAUCAUCUGGAUCCCAAGGAGGAUCGCUGGUUCACACGAGAAGAACUCCUGAGAACAGCACCUCAAGUGAUUGCGGGCUAUGAAAGAGAACUGAAAGGGAAGAUGCCUGCAGACUAAGAGACUUCUCAGAGGACUAACGAAGUUAAGGAGAUGGGAAUGCGACGAUCUGGGUCCUUGGCAGGCCUAAGAGGUCCCAGUUGCAGGGUGCCCGUCCUAAGUGAAGACGGGCCUAACUUAUCACAAGAGGCCUUUGACUGUCAAUUUCAUAUUUGGGGUUCAGGCAGUUGCGACACGCCAGUUGGUUGGGAGAAACACAGGCCGAGCAACAAAGACAUUUCCACAGC